AUGGACGACGACCCGGUGGUGCGCGAGAUCCCCGUGCAUCUCGCCGAUGAGCUGCGCAACAGCCUCUACAUGGUGCAGUUCCCGCUGCGACCGACGUACCGCCCGAUGCCGGAGCCGCCGCGCCGCGCGCGCAUCAAGCCGACGAACCAGCUGUUGCAGCUGGACUUCCCCGUGGACCAGCGCAGCGAGCACUUCGACCAGGACGCGGAGGAGUACCUGAAGCAGAAGCACCUGCGCCUGCAGUCGGCCAGCGUGCCGGCGCUGUCCAACUACGCCGUGGGCGUCUUCCGCCAGGGCCAGCUGCACCUCACGCCGCUGUCCGCAGUCAUGCAGAUGCGUCCGAGCCUGGCGCAUAUUGACGACGCAGUGAACGAGGAGGAGGAGGACAUGGAAGUGGAGGAGAAGGUGGAGGCCCCGCCCGCAGAGAUGAAGGAGGUGCAGUUCCAGUUCAAGAAGAAGCAGUCGGAGCGCGCCAUCUCCGCCAUCCAGAACUCGUACGCGUACAAGAAGCAGCAGAUCGACGCCGAAAACUGGAUCGAGCUCCAGGUGCAGGACAAGAGCAGCGCCGGUGCUGACGACGAGUUCGAGAACUUGUUCAGUGAAAAGGAGGAGGAGGUGGUGUCCACCAUGACGGCUGACGAGUACAUCAAGGCGAUGCAGUACCGCGCAAUGGCCUCCGCUGACAACAAGUCUGCGGCCCCGACUACCCCUGCCCAAACCAACGAAGAAGACGAGGACCAGAAGGACGAAACAAUGGAGCCGGUGGCAGGACACCUUCUCGACGGCGUUGAUCCCAAGUAUUCGGACGUACUGCGACUACUUGCGACCGAUCAGAUCAUGCACUUCGACACGCUCGCCAAGCUUCUGCCGUCGCGCAGCCAGGAUGAGCUCCUCGAUGCGCUUAAGCACGUGGCUGUGCACGUGCGGGGUCGCUUGCUUCCCAACAGCGCCUUGGUUUGCCGCGGAGAGACGACUGUGCGCGCCCGCAAUGAAAUUAUCAAGGCGCUGACGAAGACACCCUCCGGUGUAUCGCGAAUGGAGUUGGUAGAAAAGUUUUCUCUGGACGCUGACGUCGCUAAGACCAUUUUGAGCGAGUUCGCUGUUCUGGAUUCGGCAACGCGCACCUGGAGCUUCCGGAUUGGCGCCGACGACACCUUCACAAAGCGGUUCCCUGCCGUCGCUAAGGCGAUCAAGCUUUAG